AAAAAGCUGUCAGUGUGUCAGCCGCUGUCUCAGAAGUGAGUUUUUACAUUUCUAACACGCUGUUUUUUCCCACAGUGAGGAGCAGAGGUCGGUGGUUUCGUGUCCUGAGGUGAGGUUUGGUGGCUCCAGCAUGGCGGGGCCGCUGCUGGAGUUUGAGACCGAGAUGUUUCUGUCUCUGUUCGGCUGUGACGGGCUGCUGGUGGCGGCGGAGGGCAUGGGCAUUGACCGCAUCCUGCUGCAGUUCAUGCGGGUUUACGCCGAGCCGGGCAGCCUGGUCCUGCUGCUCAACACCACCACACCCGAGCAGGAGUAUUUCACAGAGCAGCUGCGGAUAGAAGGUGUGACCCACCUGCCCAGGACCGUGACCAGUGACAUCCAGAGCACCGAGCGCUACGAUGUCUACACCCAGGGAGGAGUGCUGUUUGUCACCAGCAGAAUCCUGGUGGUCGACUUCCUGACCGACCGCAUCCCUGCACACCUCAUAUCAGGUAUCCUGGUGUACCGGGCCCAUAAGAUCAUCGAGUCGUGUCAGGAAGCCUUCAUCCUGCGUCUGUUCAGGCAGAAGAACAAGACGGGUUUCAUCAAGGCCUUCACUGACAAAGCCAUGGCCUUCUGCUCUGGUUUCUGCCAGGUGGAGCGUGUCAUGAGGAACCUCUUUGUCAAGAAGCUCUACCUCUGGCCCAGAUUCCAGGCGUCAGUGAACACGGUUUUGGACAGACACAAGCCGGAGGUGGUGGAGCUCCACGUGUCGCUGACGCCGGCCAUGAGGGCCAUCCAGAGCUCCAUCCUGGACAUUAUGAGCGCCUGCUUGAAGGAGCUGAAGCGGUACAACCCCACGCUGGAGGCCGAGGACCUCUCCCUGGAGAACACACUGGGAAACGCCUUUGAAAAGACCAUCCGUCACUACCUGGACCCCCUGUGGCACCAGCUGGGGGCAAAGACCAAGGCCCUGGUCCAGGACCUGAAGGUGCUGAGGGUUCUGCUGCUCUAUCUCACACAGUAUGACUGUGUCACCUUCCUCAACCUGCUCGAGUCGCUGCGCUCCAGUCAGAAGAGCUUUGGCUGCAACUCAGGGUGGCUGUUCCUGGACUCCAGUACCUCCAUGUUUGUGAAUGCCAGGAGCAGAGUGUACCGCAUCCCUGAGAGCAAGAAGAAACUCAAAGUGGGAGCGGAGACGGAGAAACAACAAAGCUCUGUCUCAGAUGUGAAGCGGGAGCUGGUGCUGGAGAAGAGUCCAAAGUGGGAGGCUCUGACUGAGGUGCUGCAGGAGAUUGAGAGGGAGAACAAGAGCUCUCAACUUGAACCAGGUCGUGUGCUGAUCUGUGCCAGCGAUGACAGGACAUGUGCUCAGCUCCAGCAGUACAUCAGCCGCGGCGCUGACGUGCUGCUCAACCGACUGUAUGCCCGCACCAUCGGUAAACGGGACGCUGCUGCUGGCGCUGCCUUCAAGCCUGACUCCCACAAAGAGGGCAAAGGCUCCAAAAAACGUCCUGAAAAAGGAGCCAAGGGAAAGAAGCCCGCACAGAAGUCAACCAAACAGGCCUCAAAGAGUAAAAGCAGGCCAUCUUUAACGCUGACUCAGAUGAUGGGGCAUGAAGAGAAGGCUGGAGCAGAAGAGAUGGGCAGCAGUGGAGAUGAGGAUGAACUGAUGGAUGAGGACGAUGAGGAGGAAGAACAGCUGAAGUUGGACUUGUCGUCCGACGCCUACUAUGGUGUUCUGAAGGAGCCGCUGACUGUCAUUCACCCACUGAAGGGCUGCACCGACCCCUACAGCUUGACACGCGUGCUGCACGAGGUGGAGCCCAGUUUCGUGGUGCUGUACGAUGCUGAACUCAGUUUUGUUCGCCAGCUGGAGGUCUACAAAGCUAGCCGGCCAGGAAAACCACUUAGGGUGUAUUUCCUAAUCUAUGGAGGUUCGACAGAGGAACAGAAGUACCUGACAGCGCUGUCCAAAGAGAAGAAAGCCUUUGAACACCUUAUCAGGGAAAAGGCUACCAUGGUUGUCCCAGAGGAGAGAGAGGGGAGAGAAGAUACCAACCUGGACCUGGCUAGAAGUCUGGAGCCUGCAAAUGCCACCACCAAUAACAGCAGCCGUAAAGCAGGCGGCCAGGAGCAGUCCAAAGAGCCUUCCCGAGUCAUUGUGGACAUGCGCGAGUUCCGCAGUGAACUCCCGUCUUUGCUCCACCGGCGGGGGUUGGACAUCGAACCUGUCACCUUAGAAGUCGGUGACUACAUCCUGACUAUGGACACAUGUGUCGAACGCAAGAGUGUCAGUGAUCUGAUUGGUUCCUUGCAGAGCGGCCGCCUCUACACGCAGUGCCUGUCCAUGACCCGGUACUAUAAGAAACCGGUACUGCUCAUUGAGUUUGACCCGGCUAAACCGUUCUCUUUAGUAGCCCGGUCAGAUUUCCGUCAAGAGAUAUCAUCCAAUGACAUCACUUCAAAACUGACCCUACUCACCCUCCACUUCCCUCGGCUUCGUAUCCUCUGGUGCCCCUCCCCACACGCUACAGCCGAACUCUUUGAGGAACUGAAGCGAGGCCAGCCUGAACCGGAUGCAGCAGCAGCACAGGCCAUCACGGCUGAAUCGGACACCGUGCCUGAAUCGGCUGAUCUCUACAACCCAGGGCCUUAUGACUUUCUGUUAAAAAUGCCAGGGGUCAACACGAAGAACUACAGAGCUCUUAUUAGCAAUGCUGACAGCCUGGCAGAUCUCGCCAAACUCAGCCAGGACAAGCUGGCAGAAAUACUUGGGAAUACUAAGAAUGCAAAGUUGCUUUAUGAGUUUCUGCAUAGUGUUGCUGAUGUGCCUGCUCCUGUGCAGAAGACCAAACAGACAUCAAAGACAUGAAAGCAGUGAUUUUGACCAUCUAUCUGAUGUUUUGUUACCAUCAGGUUGGUUUUGCUUCAUGAAACUGGAUGAAAGUGUCAUUAGUGUGGCGUGUGCAGACUGAAUUCAAGUAUUUGUAAGUGCAGUUUGUCAAGAAAUGUGAAAUUUGUACAGCAUGUUUGUGUACAGAUGAAAAUGAAAUGUAAAUGUUUUGUAUUUAUAGUGUAUUUGGGAAACUGUCCUGCUGCUGUUUGCAGGAUGUAGAAUUUUUAAGAGAUUUUUUUAUGACAUGAAAAAUAUAAUAUUUUAUGUCCGAAAAAAUAAAAUCUGUUGCUCAAGUAAUUUUAUAUCACACAGUUGUUG